AAUAGCCGGCUACCGUUUCCGAGGAUCUUAGCUGCAACCGAAAAGUAUUGUGUUGUUCCAAAAUAUAUAUAUAAAACGCAAAAAAUUAGUUAAAUCCUUGUGAUAUUUCUUUAAAUCGGGAAACAUAAAAACUGCUCGUUAUUUUCAUAGAAUUCGGUGGAGUUUGAGCUGUCAUUUACGCUUUGACAGCUAUGUGUUGAAAACUAAGAACAAGAAGACAAAAAGAUUCCCUCGGAAAUCCAAAAGAAAAUAGAGCACACGAAAGCUUGUUGUCGAGUUGUUUGCGAAAAGAAAACGAUCAGUGAUAGUGGUGUUUUGCUUGAUGACCGAGGUUCAAAAACGAAAGGCAAUAAAAGAGUCUGGCAAAAUGGGCCCAACAAAGAUCACUCAAGAAGACCAGCAGUUCAACAUAAACUUCGUGGGGGAAGUAAAAAAGCAUCCGUGUCUGUUUGAUAGCAACAGUGCCGAAUACAAGCAAGCCGCGGUCCAGGAAAGAGCUUGGCAAGCUGUCUCUGGGGCAGUGGAUGAAUCGGUGGACACCUGCAAGAAAAGGUGGCGAAAUUUGCGCUGUUGCAUGACACGCUACCUCAAAUCGGUCCGGGACAAUGGCGAUGUUCACUCGAAUCUACGGCGCAAACCGUACUAUCUUUACGCGCACAUGCAGUUUGUCUUGCCGUACUUGAAGAUGCGUGAUGAGGGAGCCAACUAUGAACCAGACGAAAGCACCUGGAUAAAACAGAAUUCGACAACUACUGAGGAUUUAAACCGGACAGAGGACGAGGAGUGUGAAGACGAGCCCCAGGAAAUGGAAACGCUGGAUGUGCAGGAGGAAGACCACCAGCAGCAGCAGCUCAAAGAGAGCAUAAUACAGUCCAUCAAAAUCCUUCCAAUGAGUCAAGAAGCGCAAUCACACGAGAACCAUGAACAACAUGAACCCCUCUCUGUUUCGGAGGCAGGAGAAACUACUACCACCUAUGAAAUAAUAACAGCGACCCCCACAAAACAGGCACGCCUCUCGAAUCCCAUCAAUACCAUUGACACGGCUGGCCCUUCCGUCUCCAGUCCAGUACAUACGCCUGACACCAAGAAGGACCUUUUGGGCCAACGGCAGUUCUUCGCAAUCACGGGAAACUCAACCCAUUCGAUGCCCUGUUUCUCUACCAGCACCUUGACACACCAGCAGCAAAUGCCCACCUUUGCCCAGCAGACUCAACUGCAACCGCAAACCGCGCAACACUUUGCGCUUAUUCCGAGUGCUCCGACGAUAGUGAGCGAUGCUGAUCACAACUUCUUUCAGAGUAUCGCUCCGGACAUUCAAUCGAUGACGCUCGAGCAAAAGCGCAAAUUCAGGAUUGGUAUUUUGCGACUUAUUGAUGAAGUACUCAGUUCGUAAUGCUCAUGACAUGGAAAAUGGCCAUCGUAAAGUGAAAGGAAACUAAAUCAGACCUUUGUUUCGGGUCAAUAGGCCAGCGAAGGAUAACAGUUUGGUUCUCAGUCGAAAAACAAUACACAUUUUUUAGCUGCACGAUAAAGCAUUAAUCUUUUGAUCGAAAACAUUUCAUUAAUUAGUAGAAAUAAGUUUUAACAAACAGGCAGAAUAGGAUGGUCUCGGUGUUUACACAAUUUAAAUUUUAUCUCUUAAAUCGCAAUAUUACCCAGUACACAAACUGAUGGAUUAGUUAUUUAAACAUAAAUUGUAAAUUUUGUUUGUCCAUUUUUAAGUACAAUAUAUUUGUUUGUACUGUGUGUCUAGAAAAACAUCAAUAUUCCUGACGAACCAUUUCUAUUCAAAAUGAACAUUCGUGUUUAGUUUUCACCCUGAUAGAAUACUUCUAAAUUGAAUUGUAAAUUUAAGUUCACCGCUUAAGUACUAUAUUAUAAAAUUAUUUUUCGUAUUCUCGUUCAAUAAACAUGUACAAAACCGUAUUUAAUGCAUCGGUGCACGAGAGUAUUGGUUUCGAAUGUUAAAUACUUCUCUUUUAAUGGAAUAUUUCCCUAGUGGCCUGCAUUAACUCAACUACUUUGCAUUGGAAUUAUGAUUGCUCUGAACGCCUGUGUUUGGAGAUUUUUCGUCAAGGCUCUUCACACGGGAUCAGGAUCAACGUUAGUUGCAUCAUUGGUUAGUGCUGUUACGAACUACAUUACCUCGGCGGUUCUAGGAUGGUUAAUUUUUAAAGAAAAUACCACGGUGUUCUGGUGGGCCGGAACUGCUUUGGUUCUGUCAGGACUGCUUUUAAUAAUCAGCGGAACAGAAGAACAAGAAAGUUCGAUGCCAUCGACGAAAUUAAAUGAGAAAACUGACUGAGAUCGUUUAGCGUGUGUUAUGUUUUAUUGCAAUCAAGCGAAAAAGUGUAGCGGACAGUUGUUAGCUUGUAGCCCAACGUUCAAAUUGUGUUACAACGUGGAACGAACGGCUGUUUUCAUUCGUUGUAUCGUAUUUAGCAUCGGUGCAAUAAUAACGUACACAGCAAUAACUCCAA